UCCCUUGUACAUUAGUAAAGUGUUUUGUAUCACUUUACAAUCCAAUGGUAAUAAACCUUCAUUAAUCGUAAUAAACGGCCCCAAGGGUUUCUUCCUUUCUUCUUCAAACUCAUUUAUUCUUUGACCUAUUUUCUUUUCUUUUUUCUGCCUUCUGCAUAUCAAUGGUGACAAAGUUGAAUGGUCGAGCUCUUCGACUGACAUCCGUCAUCUUUGUAAUCAUUUGUCUAACCUUCUUACUUCGUUAUGUAAUGAAUCUGGAGCAACAAAUGAACUUACGGAAAGAGCAAGAAGAAGAACAAGCGCGACUAUCGUUGAAAGAGGAAAAAGAAAAGGAAAUGCAGUUGAGGAUUGAUAUGGCAUUAGAAAGAGAAAGAGAAAGAUUGGAAGAAGUCAACGAAAGAAGAGCCAUACUAGAACCACAGCUGUCUUUACAAAAUACAAAUAUAAAAGAUUUGCAAGAACGAUAUUUUUUGGCUAUUCCAUCACCUAUUCCCGAAUGGUCAGAUUCAACGCUUGAAUUACUGACAUCCCCAUUGGGUCAACAAAUCAAAGCGGACCUAUUGACUGUACCUGAAAUUUUUCCAGAUUUCAAAACUUUAACUACCCAGGAACGUGUUUUCAAAUCAGUUUUUCAAUAUCUAGACCCUAUUUUGGCAGAAGGCAAAAUAGAUGUAACAACAGAUCCACGAUAUAAGCCUAUCUGGGACUUUUACAAAUCCCUGGAAACCACAAUUUAUCCUUGGAUACAACCUUACUGGAAGAGCGUCUUUGACAUUAAUAACAGAAAAAAGGAGGAUAAGGAUGACAGUAACAGCGACAUUGGUAAAAGUAAAAGAGGCAUAGUUAUGUGUGUAGGCAAUGGUCAAUUUCAACACGCCGCUUCAUCUGUAAAGGCUAUCCGUGAAAUUUUGAAAUCGGAUUUACCCAUCGAGAUAUUCUACAUCAAUACGUAUGAUCUGGCAAAAGAGUACAUAGAUUUUUUUAAUGCGAUACCCCAUGUUUCUACCCAUGAUAUUUCGAAACGUAUCGACAACUACUAUACACAAUUUGGUGGUUGGGCGCUUAAGCCUUAUGCCAUCUUGGCUAGUCAGUUCCAAGAAGUCAUCUUAAUGGAUGCAGAUGUCUUUAUGUUCAAGAAGCCUGAGACAUUUUUUGAGGAUGACGGAUAUAAGGCAACGGGUGCCCUUUUCUUUUUGGAUCGAACUUUGUUCAACAACUACCACCAAGGACGUAAAUGGUUGAAAUCAUUUUUACCCACACAUAGCACUUAUGUUAAGCAGUCAAGAUGGUGGAAAACCACUUCAACCCAUGAGCAAGAGUCUGGUAUUAUUGUGAUAGAUAAGAAGAAAGCUCUCUUUGGAUUGUUAGCAACAUGUAAAAUGAAUGACAAGCAGGAAAGAGAUAAGGUAUCUUAUACACAUUCAUAUGGUGACAAAGAGACCUUCUGGAUUGGUUUUGAGAUGAUGCAAACACCUUAUGCUUUUGUCAAAUCUCAUGGCGCUGUUAUUGGCGGUUUAGGAGACGCAGGUGCAGAGGGAACAGUCUGCGGUAAUCAAUUACACUUGGACCUAAGGGAUAAUCGGCCAUGGUGGUGGAAUGGUGGCAUACUGAGAGACAAGAAUAAAUGGGAUGAUCGAUAUUUAAAGUUCACACAUUAUGCUGAAGGUGAAGAUUGGCAGUUUGAGACAUCUUGCAUUAAAGAAAAGGACAAAAUCCGUGAGUUAAGCACACAGGAGAAGCAGAUCGGCGCCUUGCUGAUAAAAAUGGAUAAAGAGCUCAAAGGGCGUUCAUAGACAGUAGAAACAACACACUUUAUUAGCAUAUUCUUUUAUUGUUCGUACCCUACACAUACUGAAUCGAAAUUGAAGCAUUUUAAGUUUUGGGCCGCUGCUUUUGAUAUCACAUACACAAGUUGUAUGUUUAUAGUGUGUUGACAUUUGGUUAUAAUAAUUGCUCGGGUCCUGCCUGUCAUGACUAAAAGAAAACUCUUAAACUCUUAAAAAGCUCUGUGUAAUUGUCAUUCCUUCUAACUAAUUGUACGGCUCCAACGAUUCUUUCAGAAUGAUAUUAUACGUCUUCCAGCGAGUGAAGGAACGAGAAAAAUAAUCAUCAAUAACUUGACAGUUCGUCAGCCUUUUCCUGCCAUUGACCUG